AUGUCGACGGUCGUCUCCUGGCUCGUUUCAAUUGGACACGUCGCACCCGUUAACCCAAGCGUCUUAUUUUACCCCGAAAUUCCUAGUGAAGUUGCUGUUCAGCAGUUGAAGGAUUUCGGUCUCCGUGCCCCAGGCAUCUUGCGCUCUUUGGGAAGCGUCGAAGCAGCCAAGGUAACGCUACGCAAUCGCGUGAGCAUCGAGAGCGAGGAUACCGGCCUCAUUCCAAACGGAACUGAUCUUGGCUAUGAGCUCAGCUACAAUUAUAGCCUCACCGGAGUCGAGUUAGGUCUCCGGGGUGGCGACGGCCUCUCACUAGGGGUGAAGGGCUUCUGCAGAACCGAGUACGACUGGUACCGUCCUAAUAUCAGUACCAAUGCCAGCGACGUCUACCACCUGUGGAACAACACGAAUCAGCCAUGGUCCGUCGGGCUGUCCGAGGAUGCUAUUACUCGCGCACCUACCGCCGCCUUCCAGUUUCUCAACGAGGACGUCGUGAACGGGCCACCAGCGAAAUCCAACUACUCCUUCGCUAUAAUAGUGAGUUCCGCGCGGCGGACCAGCGUGACGGAAGGCAGUGACCCUUGGUAUACGACAGAGCUGCGUCAGUACAAGGCCAAAUUCUGGAUGAAGCGCGCCAGACCUAUCUUGUCUUGCUGGGAGCAGAUGAAUUGGUUACACAAGGGAACCGCUCUCAACUCAAUCGAGGACCUCAGAAAGCAGACAGAUCGAACCAUUCCGAACGUCCUCGUCGCAGUCCUCGAGGCAACAUUCUUCGGUGGCCCAAUGCUUGUUAGAUUGGGGAACGCGAGCGGUGACUCGGCACUCAGGUCUGUAACCACCAGUCCCAACGGGGUGAUUGAUGCAUUCAUGUCAUCCAUCAAAAACGAUAUGGAGCGCCUAGUCCUCGCGAGCUUCGUAGCAACUCGAAACAUCUUCAGUGACGCAACCAUGUUCGAUGGCCCCGAACAAAAUUACCCCAAUGUCUUCCAGGGCGGCAACGGACAACCCGAGGAAGGAUCCGGGCACUUUGUGGUAUCCAGCCCGGACAUCCAGACCUUUUCGCUCACCGGGAUCAUCUGUUUGGUGAGCAUCCUGGUCUUCCUCACAGCGAUUUGGCUGUUGCUCGAGUUACUGCUUCUUGUGUUGAAGGGCCAUCAUCAUCCCUUUUGGUGCAAAUAUCAUGUGCUUGAUGCGGUGCAGCUGUUUCGAUGCCUGUACGAGAAGAACGACCCUCCUCAUAAAUUCUCCAGAACCAACCGUCCCACUAGCGAAAAUCUGCCGAAAAUUCGGGCCUAUGGAGGCUGGCGGUGCAUUGAUGGGGUACCACAACAGCAAAUUUUCCAUGAAGGCGAAGACACCGCUUCUAACAUUAAAGAUGAUUUUUGCUUGUUGGCGCCUUGCAAGGAGAAGUCCUGCAUGGGGCAUAUUCUCAAAGAUCUAGCCGAUGAGGUCAAUCGGAACAGCGUGAUUGAACCCAAGGAACCUGUGAGAUCUGAUCGGACCACUCCGGAGCCUGAUACGGCCAUGCCUCAGGGUGACUAUGAGAAACGACCCGCACAAGACAUCAUCAACCCCAGUAAUUUGUCUAAUGGCCACAGUUAGAGGCUGUUACUUUCGACCUCUAUUUUCGCACUUUCCUUGUCUUCUUUUUUCACUCCUUGAAAGCGUUGGAUCCUGUUGGACGGUCUUGUGUAAUAGGAAGAGGAAGCAUUCAUUUCGUUUACCGGCCG